CGAUAUUGCCUGCCUUUCUUAUUAUUUAUUAUUAGGAAUGGAGACUCCAACAAAAAAUUAUGUUGGUGAAUUGCAAGAACAUUGCCAAACAGCUCAUAUUGGUUUACCAGAAUAUUUGGAUCAAACAGAAGGAAAUAUUUUUAAGUUUACUUGCAGGUUGCAAGAUUCCGUUUGCUAUGGCACUGGUAACUCAAAAAAGUUUGCUAAACAAAAUGCAGCUAAAGAAAUGUUAAAAACAAUUAAGGAUAAAAACAUGUCAUGUACUUUAACUGUAAAAAAUCAAGAAAAUGUAAAUACAAAUUCGAUUUCUAAACUAAAUGAGUUUUGCUCUAAAGGAUCUAAAAAUGCCCCAUUGUAUGCUGAGCUACCGAAACAAGGUGACCUUUUUGUAUUUGAAUGUACUGUAGAAGAAUUCUCAGCAACUGGUCAAGGUCGUUCGAAGAAAGAGGCCAAAGAAAUGGCAGCAUUCAAAGUUGCUGAACAUUUUGAUGUUCACAAAUGGCAUAAUGACCUAAUCAAGUCUAAGGAGCGGGCAAAAGAAAUAAUGUCUCCAGUACAAGAACUAUCCAUGUUAUGCCAAAAAAAGGAUCUUGCUUCUCCAGUGUAUGAAGCUAAAGAGAAGAAAGAAGUGAAUAUGUUAUUCCAAGCAACAUGUUCUAUUGGCGAAUUGAAGGUUGAAAGUGGAUGGUCACAUUCUAAGAAGGCAGCAAAAGUUGAGGCAGCAAAAUUAAUGCUGCAUACUUUGAAGACUUGGACUCCUCAUGGUUCUCCAGCAAAUGGAGAUGUGAAACCUAAUGUGAAAAGAAAGUCAAAUGAAUCUGACUGUGAAAUCACCCCUGAGAAAAAACCAGUUCUUGAACUAUUAGACUAGUAUUAGAUUAAGAUCUUGUUACUCUACUGUUUUUAUUAUUUUGUAUCUGAAUGGUUAAACAUUUGUUUAUUUUUGUUUUAUACACCA